GGCAGCUAGCGGAUAGUGAGGAGAUGUUUGCUGUAUGUGACAAAAAAUGUUUUGGCCUAAAAACGCGUGACAUCGCUUAGAGCACCUUUAUGACAAGCGAAUUGAGCUUCGAUGUAUUUCCUCCUCAAAAUAUCCAAAUAUUAUCGUAGCUUUAAUCUUAAUGUAUUGAACCCAAACUCAAAAUAUCUAUUUUAAGUUCUCCAAAAACAAAAACCUUCAUAGAUAUUUUCAUUUGCACAGUGAAAUUCAAUAGUCUGAGAGGAGCCCAUGCGGUAAGCUGAAGUCGCAGCGGGAGAGACCCGCAAUAAAUACUUGUAAGUUGAUUGACAAGGCUCGUUAUCUCUCCCCCUGCCGUCGUCUGCAGCUCAACUUCUGUUUCUCAUUUGGGAUAGAAAGUGUUGAGCGCUGCAGAGUCUCGGAGGACCCACAGUCAGACUCACCCGCUCAGACACUUUGAACCCCGGGCCGUUCAGGUCACAACGACUUACCGGCCAGCGGGUUUUUUUUGUUUUAUGUGAUGUUAUGAAGAUCUUGAGCGCUUUGAGCUGUUCGUGUCGUUGGAAAACAAGAUUUUAACUGGAAUAUAUUCUAAUCGUUUUAUUGAACAAUAUUUGCUGGACUUUAAGAGGAUGGAGUUGAGGAAAAUUGUGCCAAACCUGCUUGUCCUGUAUGUUGCGUUUGGCCACUUCUCCAAAUCAUCGGAAAUUAAAGUGAUUAAUAUUUUGGAGCUCCAUGAUGUACGUCAGACAGCUGCAGCUAUAGAGAAUCUGUCUGGAGCUCUGCAGACAGUGGGAGAUCUGUACAUCACCUCCACCUUCAUGCUGCCACCCAAACUCGGCGGCGUUUUGUUCGGACUUUAUGAUAAAGAGGACAACAAGAAGUACCUGGAGAUUGCUGCUGUAGGCAAGAUCAACAAAUUACUGGUGCGAUACUUGCGCUCUGAUGGAAAAGCUCAUGCUGUUAAUUUACAAAAUCCUGUCCUCGCUGAAGGACGCACCCAAUCACUUAUUCUCAGAAUGGGAGGACUUAGACGGAGUCACAUAAACCUAGAGCUUUAUGUAAACUGCCGUUUGGUCGACUCUGCUCAGGGCCUCCCUUCCUUUGUCGGGCUUCCAUCAGAGGCAGAAUCUGUGGAUGUUCGCACCGGACAGAAGUCUUAUGCCAGGAUACAGGGCUCAGUAGAGUCUGUCAAACUGGCUCUUGGAGGCUCUCUGGCUACAGCUGGACUCCUCAUUGACUGUCCAUUUCAAGGAGAUACAGCUAUAAAUAAUGCAGUAACCAGUGACAUUAACGCCAUCCUUGGUGAUCACACCAAGGCUCUGAUUGGACAGCUGAUAAUCUUUAACCAGAUCAUGGGAGAGCUGAGAGAGGAUAUCAGAGAACAGACAAAAGAGAUGUCUCUCAUCAGAAACACCAUACUUGAAUGUCAAGUGUGUGGAUUCCAUGAGCCUCAGUCACGGUGUCAUCCUAACCCCUGCUUUAACGGUGUAAGCUGCAUGGAGAGAAUGACGUACCCAGGAUAUCAGUGUGGCCCCUGCCCAGAGGGCAUGACAGGCAACGGAACACACUGCCAGGACAUUGAUGAGUGUACUGCUCAGCCCUGUUUCUCUGCAGAGUUGUGUGUGAACACAGCUAAAGGCUUCACCUGUGAGUCCUGUCCCAUAGGAUUCAGUGGUCCAACACUCAGUGGAGUUGGUUUUGAGUUUGCCAAAAGCCACAAGCAGGAAUGUGUUGAUAUUGAUGAGUGUGCUGAGUACUCCAGUGCCUGUGUUCCCAACUCAGUCUGUAUAAAUACUGUGGGAUCGUUCAAGUGUGGCCAGUGUAAAGCAGGGUUUGUGGGUAAUCAGACUGCAGGCUGUUUUGCAAGGCGGACGUGUGAAACUCUGGGCUAUAGCCCCUGUGAUGUAAAUGCACACUGUGUGAUGGGCCGCAGUAGUGACAUUUCCUGCUUGUGUAACGUUGGCUGGGCAGGUAAUGGGAACAUUUGUGGUCCAGACUCAGACAUUGAUGGUUACCCUGAUGAGCCUCUUCCAUGCAUUGACAACGACAAACACUGCAGAGCGGAUAACUGUGUGAAUACCCCAAACUCUGGGCAAGAAGAUACAGAUGGAGAUGGGAUUGGUGAUCAGUGUGACGAGGAUGCAGAUGGAGAUGGAAUUAAAAAUGUUGAGGACAACUGUCGUCUGGUGCCCAAUAAGGACCAGCAGAACUCUGACACAGAUUCCUAUGGCGAUGCUUGCGACAACUGCCCUAAUGUUCCCAAUGGAGAUCAGCUUGAUACUGAUGGCAAUGGCAAAGGAGAUAUCUGUGACAAUGAUAUUGAUGGAGAUGGCAUCCCUAACAUGUUGGAUAACUGUCCUAAAAUACCCAAUCCCAUGCAAACAGACCGAGAUGGAGAUGGUGUGGGUGACGCGUGUGACAGCUGUCCUGAGAUCAACGAUCCUUUGCAGUCAGAUAUGGACAACGAUUUGGUGGGAGAUGUAUGUGAUACAAACAAGGACAUGGAUGGUGAUGGAUAUCAGGACACGAGGGAUAACUGUCCUGAAGUGCCCAACAGUUCUCAGCUGGACUCAGAUAAUGAUGGCAUUGGGGACGAAUGUGAUGAUGAUGAUGAUAACGACGGAAUUCCAGAUAUCCUCCCUCCUGGCCCUGAUAACUGCAGACUUGUUCCCAACCCCAGUCAAAAAGACUCUGAUGCCAAUGGAGUUGGUGACAUGUGUGAGACAGACUUUGACAAUGAUAAGGUGAAUGACUUGUUGGAUGCGUGCCCUGAAAGUGCAGAGGUCACUAUGACAGAUUUCAGGGCGUUCCAGACAGUCAUCCUUGACCCUGAAGGAGAUGCUCAGAUCGACCCCAGCUGGGUGGUACUAAAUCAGGGCAUGGAGAUUGUGCAGACCAUGAAUAGUGACCCUGGUUUGGCUGUGGGUUACACAGCAUUUAAUGGUGUUGAUUUUGAAGGCACGAUCCAUGUGAACACGGCCACUGAUGAUGAUUACGUGGGCUUCAUCUUUGGCUAUCAGGACUCUUCCAGCUUCUAUGUGGUGAUGUGGAAACAGACAGAACAGACAUACUGGCAGAAUUUACCCUUUAAAGCCUCAGCUCAGCCUGGACUACAGCUUAAGGCAGUGAAGUCUCGUACAGGCCCUGGUGAGUAUCUGCGUAAUGCCCUGUGGCACACAGGAGACACACCAGGGGAAGUUAUUUUGCUUUGGAGGGACCCAAGAAAUGUGGGUUGGAAGGACAGAACGUCCUAUCGUUGGCACCUCGCUCACCGCCCACAGGUGGGCUACAUAAGAUUACGACUGUAUGAAGGUACAGCCCUGGUGGCUGAUUCAGGAGUCGUGAUAGACACCACUAUGAGAGGAGGGCGGUUGGGCGUCUUCUGCUUCUCCCAGGAGAAUGUCAUAUGGUCUAAUCUCGGCUAUAGAUGCAAUGAUUCUUUACCAGAUGACUUUAUGCUGUACCAAAAGCAGAUGAAUCUGAGGACAUAAGCCUCAAGUUACAUCCCCUCAUCAUGUCUACCUGUGUGUUUUUGUAUAUGUGUUUGUUCAGGUAGGAAGAGAUAGUGAUUAAAAUUAGUUUUUUUAUCAUGUGAAAUUUUGAUGGGUAGAAAUUUUGUCAAUCAAAAUUAUACACUACACUGCACAAGUUUGCAUUGCGCACCAUCAUGUAUGCUUGAAAUAUGAGUGUGAUAUUUGUGUGCUGUUUGGAUAAGAAUCAGCAAAACUUAAACAGUUCACCC